AACUUAACCAAUAAAAAAAAAAAACAGAGUAAAAAGAUUGAAAAAAAAAAAAUGAGUAGCUCCGAUUCUCCUCAGCUUCACAAUAUCUUCGUCUAUGGUAGCUUUCAAGAGCCUGACGUCAUCCAUGUCAUGCUUGAUCGUAUUCCUGAGAUCGUCUCUGCAACACUUCCUGGCUUUCAGAGGUUUAGGCUUAAAGGACGUUUGUAUCCAUGUAUUAUUCCCUCUGAGAAUGGAGAAGUUCAUGGAAAGGUACUAAUGGGAUUAACGAAUGAUGAACUUGAGAAUGUAGAUUGGGUUGAAGGAAACGAAUAUGAAAGAGUGACUGUUGAAGUUGUAAGAAAAGACAAUUCUGAGAAGAUGACAGUGGAAACAUAUCCAUGGAUUAACAAGAAUGAUCCUGAUAUUGGUGGAGAAUGGGAUUUCGAGGAAUGGAAACGAUUGCACAUGAAGAAAUUCAUAGAGGCUUUUACGGAGAUUAUGGAGAGGAAGAGGAAUCCACUGGGAAAGGGAAGAGAUGAUUUCAGCCAUGUCCUAAAAGAAGAUGAUUCCGGGAAUGCUCCAUCGUCUUGAAUGGAUUUGUGUUUAGUAUGUUCUAUAUAUCACCUUUGGGUCUAAACUCCGAAUUAAAUAAAAAAGCUGGAGAGUCUAGCUAGGUAUUGUGGAGACUAAUGACAAGAAUGGUUUUGUCAUGUUGUAUUGUAAGAUUUGAGUUAUAAUGUGGAUUGUAUUAUUGUGUAUUAAGUCAUCAAGAGAUUUUUAUUUAAGUCUUGAAGAUAUUUUGGCA